AUGCAGGCUAUCCAGGCUUCUCUGCGCGCCCCUGUGGCUGCCUGCCAGAAGGCGACCUCGGCCCCCAAGGCCAAGGCUGCCCCCGUGGCGACCUUCCGCAAGCAGUUCCUGGCCGCGGGCGCGUCGGUCGGCGCCAUGAUCGCGUCGAACCCCGCCAUGGCGCUCGUGGACGACCGUCUGGCCGGUGAGGGCACGGGCAAGAUCCUGGGCGUGGACUCGUCGGCGGAGGCCUUUGCCGGGCUCACCGUCUUCGGCCUCGUCUACACCGCGUACUACCUCUCGACGCGCGAGCUCGGCGGCGACGAGGGCGACGAGUCCGGCAUGUCUCUCUAA